AUGCAGAACGAAAGCGGAGAGAACGUCGACUUGUACGUCCCACGAAAGUGCUCGUGGACCAACCGUUUGGUCAAGGCCAAGGAUCACUCCUCGGUACAAAUCAAUGUUGCCAAUGUCGAUCCUGUCUCGGGUUUGGCCACCGGAGACUUUACACCAUACUGUCUUGCAGGAUACAUCCGAUUCAAGAGCGAAGGAGACAUGGCACUCACCGCACUGGCACAAAAGAAGGACCUGGAAAUGAUGGCUGGAGGGACCGCCGAAGAAAGUUAA